AACUAUAACUUAAUUAUGUGCAAACCCAAAUGAUCAUAUUAUAAGGUGCUGUCGUCUCAACAUCAGAAGGAAUUAAUGGUUUGUAGCAUGUGCUGGUAAUGCUAAACUGUUCACCUCUAAUUAACGGUCAAUAACUACAGCCAUGUCCACUUCGCAAUAUUCUGAGUUUGCAAUAAUCUCUUAUCCUCUUUGGAGUUUGGAUGAUGGACCUGUUGAACUCUCAUUAAGCACGUUCGUUUGUGUAUGUUGAAAUAUAUUGGGAGACCAAAUAAAAUCUGUAGAUUGAGAUUUGAGAGUGCUGUUUCUUUGGAGUGGAUAAGUGGAUCUCGAUUCUUUAAUCAGCUGCUUAGGAUCUGUAGCUAGCUCUCCAAUUGACUGUCAUAAUUUUGAUUUGGUAAGUUAGAUGAGCGGUUUUAGCACUGGUUAGUUUUUCGGUAUAACUUCCGGUAUAGUUUCACAAUCAUUUUUUCAUAUGAGAACUCAAGCCGGAACAGUGAAGGGGGGAAAUUACCUCAGUUAUUAACGAUGGAAACGGUCGUACCAUGGAUUCACGCCUAGCAAGUAGGGCUGGCUAUUUGAUUCAGGUUUUUUGGUUUUAUCCGAAACUGGACCGGAUAUCAAACAAUCCAAUCAAAUCUUCGGGCCUAUAUUUGAGGUAAAAAAACCCGUUUGGGACCAUACCAAAAACCGGAUAAGAGAGCCCAACACUCAAAUUUAACCUCCUAACCAGUGUUAUUAAAGCCGAGCCGAGCCGCUCGGCCCGACCGGUAAAACCGCCACCCGGUCACAAAACCGGCUCGGAACAGUCUAAAAGCCGCUCCGGUUUUAUGUAGCGGUUGGCGAGCGGCCGAGGCGGUUAACCGUUCGAGCCGAUCGAGCCGCUCGUCCGGUUUUUGCCAUUCGAUCACUAAAUUUAAUUAAAAAAAUUGUAGAAAUUUGAAAAUUGAAAUAAACCAAAAACGUCGGGCUCUCAAAUUGAAUCCUUAUUUCCAUUUCACAAUUUCGAAGGAAAGAGAUGAGCUGGCUCUCAAAUUGAAUCCUUAUUUCCAUUUCACAAUUUCGAAGGAAAGAGAUGAGCUCUGAUUAAGAAAUGUCCACUAUUUAUACUGAUAACGUUUAUUAGAUACCGGUUCUCUAACGGUUUUUAAACGGUCUAAUGCUGGUUGGACCGCUAAAGUGCGAGCCAUUCUCAUUACCGGGUCAUGCUCCGGUUCGGCUGACAACAUUGCUCCUAACCCUUUCAGACCUUAGACCACUCAAAUCCCCCCCUCAGGCGACUCAAAUCGCCACAAGCUCAAAUCUAAAAUCAAGACCGAAUUGGGACCGAACCGGAUCUAGACCGGACUGUAUCCAAUCCAAUUUUUGGUCCUUAUAUCCUCGAAAAGACCGGACCAUAACCAGAUCAAUUCGGACCAAUUUAACCGGACCGGACCGUAUAUUCACCCCUACUAGCUACUACUAGCAAGGCGCACCAGCGUGGCAGCGUAGGAGUAAUAUUGGGCCUCCAAAUUGGAGCUGAAGGACAACUCAGAAUGGAGGAGGCGAGCUGCUGAAUCGGGGCCUUGUAUCCACCUCAGUCGUCACAUAAGCUUCUCCUAAACUAAAGAAGACAGGGUAAUAAUAGAGUGGAUGGGCAAUCCACUGGGCCGAGAAAUUUGGGCUCGAACAAGAGAAAUGGGAAAUUGAGGAAGAUGCCCGAUCUCGCUCGGCUGGAAGAAAAGCCUGUAAGACUUACACCGGCUUAUUGCUCUGGGCCUAGUUGGACUGCCUCUGUGGUGAAACUUGUUUGAUGUACAAAGUCCAUUGCAAAGACACAACAACCACCACGAACACGAAGUUCACCUGUUGAUAAGUGAUAUUUUCAAUCAAACUCUAAGUCUCUCGACAUUUGACGCACCAACAAUUAGCAGUAGUUUAAACGGAUUUUUCCUUAUUUGACGUGGUGGUUAACGAUUAACGGUGUAAUUGCAAAAUAGGUCAUAUCAGUAACUGCACUCAUUAAAGGACCCUCUUAUGCAAUGUUCCAAAAAAUUACUAACCACUCAGUUACAAUUCAGUUAUAGUUAACCCGAAAACCGUACCCUAUUGACAACCCUAAUUUUCAGAAUCACAAAACAUAAUUCAUUUACAUGUGUUCUCAAACGAAAUUCAUUGAAUUUAGAAAUUAUGUAGAUCGAUCAUACAUGUAUAUACGUUAAUUAAGUAUUGAUAUUGGAGGUUACCAUUAUUCCAAUAGCACGAACAAUUGAGCAAGUCUUUCUUUUUUUUUUUUUUUUGGUGCCAUGAGCAAUUCUUAUAAUUUCACAGCCUCUUUUCUGUAGCAGAAAUAUUUACAAGAGAGCUAGAUAGAUUUUUUUAUCAGCUCUUUUAUUUGGUAUGUGAUAUCAUCGAUGAAGCUACUACAAAGGCUCUGAGCUUAAUAUUGAAAGACAACUCGCAAAAAUUGACCUUACAUAAUUUGUUUAUUGCCCUGAUAAUUCAAAUAAUGGAAAAAGAAAUCUCCUUAAAUUGAAUUUUCUAUUAUGCAUUCAAAUAAUUAGUUGCGACACAUAAUUAAACCAAACUCCAUUCAAAAGUAUACAGGUGAUUAGGGAUAAUGGGAAGGAAGAAAAAGAACAGCAAUGACGCCUAAUUAACCAAAUUAAACAUCCCAUAUUAACUGAUAGUAAUAUAUAUUCACUUUUAAUGUAUUUCUUUUAUCUAGUGGGUAUAACUGUUGUUCUUGUUCCCCUUUUGGAAAAAGAAAAAAAAAGAUUGUAGGCAGAAAAAGAGUGCUUACAUGUGUAUGAUGAUGCAUCCACAUGCCUUCCAUGUUAAGCAACUUUGCCUUGUCUCCAACUUAACUUUCUCCCUCAACUUAGAAUCUCCACCACCACCAGAUAAUACCUACGGCCGCCAAUGAAGGCAUUCAUCAAAGCUACAGUUGUCUGUGACUUUGUUUUUUUUUUUUUCAAGCUACUUUAUGCGCAUAUAUGAUAAUAUACUUAAGAAGUUUACAGCAGAACCUCCAAGUUAUGGGUACGAUUUUCUUUCGAAAAUGUUAGUGGUGUGAUAUUUUGUAUUGAAACGGUGAUUUAGUAGUGGUUCGGUCGUUUCAUACCGUUAUAAAUUGUCUAACGAUUUAGACUCCGAUGCGAGUAUCGAUGCAAUACGAUUUCGCAAAUACGGCUUUUUUUUUGCAUUUGAUAUCUUUUGUUCAACUGAUAUGUUGGAGGAAGGACUAAUAAUUCCUACUAGGGUUUGUUGGCGGGAUGUUGUUGUUUGGGUUUUGGGGCUGGGCCCUAUUGAAUUCUGGAUCCGGUUUGUUGGGGCCUGUUUGAUUUGGUUUUUUCAAAUCCGGUUGUAAUCUGUUUAAACUUUUCCGUUUUGAAUUUUAGCCCGUUCGCAUGAACUUAUGCUUAAAAAUAAAAACAUAUAAAAUUGCUCACUUCUAAAAUAUUGUUUUCAUUUCUUCUUUCCCCUUCUUCGCCAGAAUCACUGCUGACAUACAUACAGAUGAUUAAAGACAGAAAAUUUCAUCACACAAGUUAUCUUGAUUCUUCUUUUUCUUUUCUGCAAAAAGAGAAGUUACAAAACCCUAGUAAAACCACAUAACAAGGCUAGGUUUAAUUCACUCUCAAAUCAAAGUGAAUUCACACCAUAUCCGCUUUUAGAAUAUGUGCCAACAAUAUUGGAACAGCACAGUGUAUAACACUUCUCCUUGAACCACAAGUCUGCCUAAAUAGAACAUAUGAUUUGAGUUUUGAGAAUUGGGAAAUGGGGUUUAUUCAUUUGAUGUUAGAGUAUAUAGUAUCAUAUCGGCCUCAAACUCAAUUUACUAUGUAGCUACUACGCAUAGCUAGACACGAUAAUUGUCGUAAGAUGUGAUUAGUCAAAGUAAGACGCUCUUAAAUGCGUUGACAUGCCAGGGAUUAUAAGACGAUCGGUUGAUUGAAUCAUUGCCAUCCAGGCAAGCAAAUCCAAUGCUCCAAAAAGAACUUACAAUAGAAGGCCAGAUUUACUAUGAUUUAAUCUAGCCGGCACUCGAGAAUGCCGUCUGAAAUUUUCUAUUCCUGAAAGCAAAUACAUAGAUCAUAUAUGCAUUUCUCUUCUUAACAGAAUUAACUAUAUGAUAGAGAUCAACUUGUAAUCUGCCUAGUUAUGACUAUUGAAAUCAACGUUACACAGUUUCAAAAGAGAGUUAAAAACAUUGCACUUAUGGCCGGGUACAGAUUGUACGUAUCUAUGUUAUAAUAAUCUGUCUUUUUUUUUUUUUUAUAAUAACAAUCUGUCUUUUGAACAACGAAUAUGAAGGUAAAAGCUGUACAUUUGUACGUAUAUGCCAUACUAUAAUUUACCAAUUAAUCAAAUAUUAUUCUUACGUGCUUUUCAUUAUCAGUAUUUAUAUUUUUGUCACCUUCAAAGUGCCAAAACCAGGGGCGGCCGUACUUAGAUAUAUGGAGUGUUUUUUUUUUUUUUUGGAGUGAAACCUCAAACAUUCUAGAAAUGGGGUUGUGUUCUUGUCUUGUACACUCCAGCUUCAAUUUAAAAUAUUAAAUGUAGUAGAAAAGUUUUCCAAAAAAAAUUAUGCUCUUAUUUCUUAAUGUAACAUGCAUAUGAACAAUCAUCAAAUGGAUUUUCUUAUAGAACUUUGUGAAUAUUCAGUUAACCAGUAACAAUAUCUUUACAGUCAACGUAUAGUUGUGAAAACAAGAAAAAUGGUGUCCCAGUCAGCCACACCUCAGCCCCUUUCCAAUGACAAUUUGUAUGGGUCAUAAUAUGUGCAGCUUCAUUUUCUUUCAUGUUGCAGUACUUGGAGCUAGCAAAAUCGUGUCGUUUAAUACCUUUCAGAAGACCGUUUAAAGCCUCCAUAAUAAUGUCGCUCCAGCUACAUAUACAUCACUCCUACAAUAAAGAUAUAUUCAACAUCGUUUUGGCCUUAGUUGACGUUGAACCAUCAUCGACUUCAAAAUAAUAUGAAUCUUCAAUCGUCUUCUUCAUCCUCUCAAGAACCACAAAAAACAUAUCGCCAUUCUCGAAGCUCCAUCGAAGCCUACGCUCUUGCGCUUCUCAACAGACAUCCUACCACAACGAAUCACCCACAAAUAAUGGAUCUAUUCCCUUUCGGUAUUUGUACCCCCAAUCCUCGUAUGAAGAACUUAACAGUCUACAACCAAGUUAUAGUGAUUUUAGGGUUUGUAAGAGGGUUCAAAUCUUUGUACCUUCUUCAUUCUCGAAUUAUACAAGAGAGUAUUUGUCUGGGUGGAUAGGAGUGGGAGUAUCGUGUUUAGUUCCCCGAAAUAGUUCAGUAUCUGAUUGUUAGAACUUCUAUCUUUCGUUUUGGGUGACCUGCCUCAACUCAUAGUCCGAGCCAAUUGGCUUGACUUGUUAUGAGAUGGAUUGCCCAAAAAAUUUCUUAUAAUUAUGGGUAGCAUUAUUAAGAAACCAAUUGAAUUUGUCCCAACAAUUUUAAUUAUUGGUACUGAAAUCAAUUAAUUCUUGUGAAGAGAGGAAUUUUAAGAAGGGGUACAAGACAUGUUCUUGACAGAUAACUCAGAAAUUAACAUCUAACAACUCUGGCAACUACCAUUACCUUGGUCCCCAGCUAGGUUCCCAAAAUUAUACUACAGAAAGAGAACACCCAUUGAAGUGGGAAAUUCUUUGGCAAAAAUAAAGUCGUGGACAGAAUUAUUUACUUGUAUAAGAUCAUCGCUUUCAGGAAUGAAUGAAUGGCAACCAAAUAAAUUUAUAAAAAAAAUUCAGUAUCCUUAUUUCUUAUGGUAGGUGACAACCCUAACUAAAUUGGUUACUACUUAUUUCCCAUCCAUAAAUGACUUGGCCUAACUCACCACUAAUAAUAAGUAAGGGUGGGUAAUGGGUAAAUUUGGAUGGUUUUCUAUCUAAAAUUGACUUAUUCGUUAAUAAAUUAACGAGUUGAUUCAUCAAUUGUGGUCCGUUAUUUACCCACAUUUUUCUUCGGGGAUUGGGUGGGUGGUGUGUGGAUGCGGUUGAGUUGUGGGUUUACUCGCAAAUAAAUUCUCUUUCUAUAUUAGGCAAUUUGACUAAUUAAUAUUUAUAAUCAAUUAGACACUUCUCACUUUGUCUCCUGUGAAUCCGCCUGAGAGAUGUAAAGUUUUUAAUUUUAUUACUCAUAUCAGCUUUUCAGUUGGCCACUUUAAAUAAAAUAUUCACUGACAAAGAAAACAAAGUCACUAACUGCAUAUUCCUAGAGAUGCUUUUUACAUGUGUAUUUCAAUUCUUUCAAAGAGGUAUCAAAUAUUUCAUUACUCCAUCCAUCAACCAAUUGUGUAGAAAAAAGUGACUCUUUAUGACCUUGAUACAAUUAACAACUUAUAAUUUACAUCCCAAAAUCAAAUGAACAUUACACAAUAUAGUAACCAAUAGUAGUAGUUGAACAAUUUUUUUUUUUUGUCUUUAGAAGUCAAUUAUCAAUGUGUGGCGUGGUUCGGUGUGUAAAUAUGAAAAUUAUUUUAUAGUAUAAAAAGGAAACAAUUCUUUGCCAUGUGAAUGAAAUGCGAAUCAUCUAUGUGACCCGCAACACACCCACCUGAAAAGGUAAGGACAAUUUUUUUAUUGUCGAUCCAGCCACAUCAAUUACCCAACCACAAUUUGGAUUAUUUGUGAUCCCACAUUUUGUUCAAUGUGGCUCCACGAGUUCCAUGGUUUUGCAAUCCCAUUUGGUUGGGGGGAAAAAAUGCUUCUAAGUUCACAACUGAAAAUAAGUCAUCACUCUGAUUGAGUAAAUUAAAUAAAUCGAAAUACCAAUACAAAUCUAUAAACAGGGUUUGCAUACAAAAUGACCAAAUUACCCAGCUUAUAUGACAUUAUGCUUAAUUCAUUAAAUCUCUAUAGAUGUGCAAAUGUAUUGGAUUAAGGCAUUUUUAUAUCCUUUUGUGGAUUUAUAGUCCCUUUUGUUACGGCAUUCAGAGUUGUCCAUUUAGUCAUAUAAACGCUCUUUCUUAGACGAGUUGAUUAGUUCUCGACCAUCCUAGUUGAUUAUUUCAUUUCGUGCAUACUACCUUGUAUCCUUUUGAUGCCUACUAUGAUAAAACUAACUACCUAAUCAUUGUGCAAUUCUUUUUAAAACAUAAUAAACCGAUAAACAACCAACCAAAAUAUGUAAAUCAAUAGCAAUUCCUUUUACAAAGUAAUAUAAUUAAAUUUAUAAUACAACUCGAGGUAAGAAGGUGGAGGAAUUAAAAAGAAGCGAACGCUCCAACUUGCCCUAAUUAAACAAUAUGUUAAUGUAAUUAAGAAUCAUCAACUCUAACCUAAUUAAAGGAAAGAGUGUAUGGAGGUGAAGUUAUUUUAAUUCAGGCGAACUUCUUUAACAUGGCUGGAGGUGUUAUUUAAUUCCGAGUUCCCAUGCGAACUAUUUUAACAUGGCUGGACAUGAUUCAUGGUUGUUUCUCGGGAGGAGUUACGGUGCUAAUUGUACAAGAGUUAGCACCGUCCUAAUCAAGGAAAAACUACUACUAGUUUGAAUUAGUAGUGAUUUAGCUUAGAUAUUGUAGCGAUUUCGUUAUUUUUAGUAGCGUUUUUUUCUAGUUAUCACGGUGCUAACCCCUAUAAGGGUUAGCACCUAAUCCCAUCCCUUGUUUCUCAUAUGGGUGAGUAGUUGUCCGUAGAAAAAGCUUGAAUAUUAAAGGAUAGAGUAGGUUGUAUUUUGUAUUUUAUUUGAAAUGAAGUGGUAUAUGAGCCCUAUUCAAUAACUGGAGUUAUUGGGAUCGGUUAAUUUAUGAUAUAAUAUUAAAGUUUUGUACAUAAACGGUAGGGAUGAGAACUUAUCGAUCAAGGCGGAUUGUGCAUAUUCAUUAUCAUAUCCAAAAUAAUUUGGGUAAAAAAUCAAAAUCAGGCUCAUACUUGAUAAGGUUUCCGGUAUCUAUGGUUUAUCCACAGGUAUUUCUUUUAUAACUCCAAUCAUUGUCUUAACAUUCAAUCAUUGUUUUUACCUAAGUGAAAAAGAGCGACAAUAGAUCACUAGAAUGAAGAAACUAGUUAAAACAACACAAUUUCAUAUACAUAUUAAACAUUUUAUAAUAAAUAUAAAAUACAUUGAAAAAAAUAAUGAUAAUUUAUCAAAAAAAAAAUAUACAUGUACAUAAUCGGACGGUUCGAGUUUGAUAGUAGGAAAAUUAUGUAAUAAUAAAAUCACCUGGGAGCAAUAGAAUAAGCGGGAGAAUGAGUGUGCUCUGUUCAGAUUCUUAUUGUUGGGAGUUGGGAGGGUUCUAUAGUAAAAGUUGGAGGAUGUAAAAAGCAAAGGAGCUUGAUUAUUCCAACCUGGACUGGACUCUGGAGUCCAAAAAAAAAAGCCCAACAACACUAUGAACGUGACUGGGGCCCACAGGCGCCUCUUCUCUUCUUCUUAUCAUUUAAUUCACUCAUCCGACCCUUCCCCGUUAAUUAUACCUUAUCCAUUUUUUUUAGGGCAAUUAGCCUAAAUGGUAACAAAAUUUUGGUUUUGCACAGUAAAAAAUAAUUAAAAAAAUUCAUUUUACACAAUGCAAUAAUUUUAAUUUGAACAUUUAACAAAAUAAUUAAUCCGUAUAUCUCCUAAUUCAAUAUUUUAUUAAUUUAAACCGGCCAGCAAUCCAUCAGCGUCUAACCCCUCUCCUUGCUCACCUUCUUUUUCACUCUACUCCCCAGUUUUACUGCUCUCUGCUUCUUCUUUUCCAUAUUUUAACUGUUCUGUUUGUUUUUAUACGGCAAUUGAAAGGAUCAAAUAUUGUUCGACAAUUAUUAUGUUUUUACUAUUUCCAAUUUAUUGAAUAGUUCUGCCUUGCAAUGCUCACAUCUCUCUCUAUACGUGUUCUUUUUAGAGUUUGGUGCCUGCCCGCAGGCUUCCCUUCUCAUUUUGUCCUCGAUCGUGUUAACUGUAAUAGCAUUUCAACUAUAUGUAUAGGCUUCAUCCCAAUAAAAUAUUUAGCAUGUGGAGAGCACUUUGAAUAAAGUAUUUUCUAUGAUCAAAAUUUAUGGGAUUAAUGAGAUUAAUAAAAAAAAUUUGAAAAUUUUGUAUAAAUUAUUACCGCCAUCCAUGCAUCGAUCACGAAUCUCUCGCACACUCGAUCCAACUAUCUGAAGCACAACAGCAAGACUCGAAAUGAUCCGAACUAAGCUAGCAUACGGAUAAGGAACUUAACAAUGACACGCUUUAGAACAAGUUAGCUUAUAACAUGUUUUAUGUCUGUGCUUCUUCUUUCAUUCUUUCAUAUAAUUUUUGUGAAACAUUUGCGUGCAAAGCAAAGCUUCCUUCCCAAUGACCCCCCACUUUUUGUGUUGGUGUAUAUUCAUUCCCAUAAAUUAAGUGAUUAAAACAACUCACUCUUCUAUUAAAAUAUGCUUAAAAAAUAAAAGGAAUUAAAGAAGCACAAUUACAGAAGAUCAUCAAGUGAAAGAUUCCACAGCACUAAUUACUUUCAGAAGAAGAAAUAAACUUAAUUUCAACUAUGAAAAUUAAAUUAGUUGCCUAUUUGACAGGCAGAUCAGAUCUCACCACACAAGCUCCAAAAGAAAAAGAAAUGAAGAAAUGAAAAAAAAAAACGAUUAACCAGCGCACACCACAACACAAACCAUCCAUCUCUUCCCCACUCCUUCAUAAAACCUCCCAUCACAAGAAUUCACCCCCUUCUUCUUCGUCUUCUCCUCCCUCUCUCUCUCUCUUCUUUCUCUCACUAAUCAUUUCUUCUUCCCCCCCAAAAUUCCCAUUUCCCAUUUCGGCCACCUCCUUUUUUCACUCCGAUUCCUCUUGUCCCACCUUGUGGGGAGGGAAUUUGCAGUACGCUCUGGUAGGGAAGGGGGAAGAAGGAGAUUAAUUCCUCUGGCGGGGACAUCGCCAUGGCAGCAUCAUCAGCAGCUCCUCCGCCACCCCAACUCGGAGCUGCUGAAGAAGCAGCAGCAGCAGCCGGCCGCGAAAACGGCAAUUCGAAUUCAGGCGAGAUUGACGAGAGGAGCAGCAACAGAGGAGAAGAAGGAGACGGCGGCGGAGGAGGAGGCAGCGGCGGCGGUAGUUACGGCGGAAACCGGUGGCCCCGGCCGGAAACAAUAGCGCUGCUGAGGAUAAGGUCGGAGAUGGAUUCGGUUUUCCGUGACUCCACUCCUAAAGCUCCAUUGUGGGAGCAAGUUUCCAGGAAGCUUGCGGAGCUUGGAUACCAUCGAAGCGCCAAGAAAUGCAAAGAGAAGUUCGAGAACGUGUACAAGUACCACAAGCGCACCAAAGAUGGCCGCACCGCCAAGCACGACGGCAAGACUUACCGCUUCUUCGAAGAAUUGGAAGCUUUCGAAGGCAAGCAACAGCUCCAAUCCCCCGCCCCCGCCACCGUGGCCGCUCCUCCUCCUCCUCUACCGCCGAAGCCGGCGCCGGCAUUAAUUACUCCGGCAUUGCCAAACCACAACACAAUUCCUCAUCAAAUAAUGCCCACUGUUCCAUCAGCGCACGGCAACAGUACUACUACUCCCCUUACUUCAUUCAACUUCACCAUCACCCCUCCGAGCAAUCUCAGCCCUACAGCUGUCACGCCAGCCGAGCCGAUCUCCUCAUCCCAGCCGUUGAAUCCCAGCCCGCAAAGCGUCUUCCACCCUUCCUACCACCACCACCACCGCCAGCACCACAACAACCAGGCCGCCACCGCCACUGCGCAUCUCUUCUCCAGCUCCACCUCCUCCUCCACCGCCUCCGACGAGGACCCGGCUGCCGCCGCGGGGACGACAACUACCACCCGGAAGAGGAAGAGAAAGUGGAACGACUUCUUCGAGAAGCUGACCAGAGACGUGAUAAGGAAGCAAGAGGAGCUCCAGAGGAAGUUUCUGGAAACCGUCGAGAAGCUCGACCGCGAGCGCCUGACCCGGGAGGACGCGUGGCGCGUCCAGGAGCUGGCGAGGAUCAACCGCGAGCACGAGGUCCUCGUCCAGGAGCGCUCCACCGCCGCCGCGAAAGACGCCGCCCUGCUCGCCUUCCUCCAGAAGAUGUCCGGACAACAAAUUCCUCAUCUCUCAUUGCCUCCUCCUCCGCCGCUGGCUGCGGCACCGAUAACAGCUCACGCGACGCCGCAGCCUGCUCCGACGGCGCAGCAGCAGGCAAUGGCGCCGGUUGUUGCGGUCAGGAGAGAGAGCAGCACCAACGGCGCGGCGGCGAGCGCGUCGAGGUGGCCGAAGGUGGAGAUCAACGCGCUGAUCGCGCUGAGGACGAGGCUGGACGAGAAGUACCAGGAGAACGGGCCGAAGGGCCCGCUGUGGGAGGAGAUAUCGACGGAGAUGAGGAAGAUCGGGUACAAUCGGAGCGCGAAGCGGUGCAAGGAGAAGUGGGAGAACAUCAACAAGUACUUCAAGAAGGUGAAGGAGAGCAACAAGAGGCGGCCGGAGAAUUCCAAGACCUGCCCCUACUUCGAGCAGCUGGACGCGCUGUACAGGGAGAAGAGCAUCAGCACCACCACCACGACGGCCAAGAUUGGAACAGUAAUAAUGUCCUCGUCGCCUCCGCCCACGGAUGGCUGCAUCGCGGCGAAUCCGUUGAGGGCGGUGGAGCCGGCGGCAGGCAUGGCUCAGACUCAGCAGCAAUGGCAGGCUCAUCCGGUUAUGUCGCAACAGCUUAACGCCCACCACGAUGAAGAACAAGAAGAAGGUGAGGAGGAUGACGAGGAGGAGGAGGAGGAUUACGAGGAUUUGGAGACGGAGGACGAUGAAGAAGGAGUCGGGGUUCGCGGCGGCGAUAAUGGAGGUGGAUUCCAAGUUGUACAGAAUAGACCCAUAGCCGCGAACGAGCAGUGAGUGAAUUUUGAGAAAAUAGUAAAAAAUUCAAUCCGUUGGUGAAAAUACUAUAUGACUCGAUUUUUAUCGUGUGAAACUACAACGAUACCGUCACUGUAACGGUAUUGUUGUAGUUUCGAAGGACGGAGCGAUUGAGUUAAACUAUGAUUAAGCAAACGUGAGGGGUUGUUGGUGGUGGCACUACAAAUGUGUGUGACUUCAAUUAUGCCCAUACACAUGGGACAGGGCGGAGAGAAGGAAAAGGAAGAUGGGGUUGGUUUUUGGGCUGCAUUCUACAGUGGGAUCAUAAACAAAAUUUUUUAUUUAUUUUUCUGUUGCUUUUUCUAUUUAAUUGUUUUUAUUUUAUUUUUUUGCGAAUUGUUUGUUGCAUAAAGGAUAGUGAGAGAGAGGAGGGUUCUUUUUUUUUAUAAUUAUUAUUAUACAGAGUUGUUUGUUGUAUUUAAAGUUUGUGUCCAUAUAUAGAGAGAGGAGAUGAGGCGGAAAAGAAGAAAAGUGGAAGAAAUAAAAAGGGAGAAUUUGCAGUGAUGUAUCUGUCUGUCUAUCCUUUUCUUUCUUUUUUCAGUAUGGGUUUGUGGGGGGAUGUAAUGAACUGUUUGGUGUGUUUGGUUUUUUGUUCUUUGUGUGUGGCCGUUUUGGGAGGAUGAUCUCACCUCAAUCAUAUUUCUUUUCACUUUGUGUUUCUAAAAAUGUAUGGUUUGGGGUUGGAAGGUGGGAACCAAUGUGUUCUCUUCAGUAAUCAUUUAAAAUAAACUCGAAACGAUGAUCAGGAAGUCUUCGGUAAACACAAGACAUGCACCCUUGAUUUCCGCGAUGCACAACUCUCUCAACACCAUCUUAUAUUCUUGAUAUGCAAGACUGGCUAGCUUCCAUCAGGCAUCAGACCCACUGCACGAAAUAUAGUUGUCAUUCGUGAGUAUGAAUGGAACAUUUGAAACAAAAUGAAUUUUCGUUGGUUGAUAUAUAGUACAGAUUUGGAUAUUGACCCCCAAAUUUGACGAUUGAGGAGUUGAUAUUUCUUUAUUUAAUUGAGAUUACAAAUUACUGGUGGCUACCCUCUCCCAACUCGGGAGAACUCAUGUCUAAUCUAUAUACUAAUAGAAAAAAUAACUCGAAUAAAUACAAACAUUUAGCUCUUUCGCAAAUUACAAUUUUGUCCUUUCGAUGGUCUCUACAUUUAUUACCCCCUUUCACUCUCGUAAAAAUUAGAGCUAUUUACCCCCUUGCCAACAAGCCAACAUUUACUACACAACGUCUCUAUGAAUUCUUUAAUUAUACUUAACCAUACACUUUAACAUAUUUAAUGAUAUCCUAACACAUUAAUUAUAGUAAGGCUAUGUUUGGUAUAUGACCUGGAUACAUGCCUUUUUUAUAUAAAUAAAAUCUUUGUAUAUUAGAAUUGGUGGUGGCGCGACAUUGUAAUGUGAGAGCUUUGAUUAUGAAUUAUCUGGAAUUUCAAUAAGGAGGGCCCUCUCUGCCUAUUCCCCUUCUCUAACAUGCCAAACCAUCACAUGUGUGCAGCUAAUAAGAAUCUUCUUCUUUGAGUUAGUUUCAAUCAAUUCCCUCCCUCUCUUUUGAGUUUUUUUUUCUCCAUUGAGUUCUCAUUUUUUAGUCCCAACCGGGUGCAAUGCAUGUAACAGCCUAGAAUGAUUUAACAUCGACAAAGUACGAGAUAAAUGUGUGAUUUAUAAAUACACUGCUCUUAAUUGACAAGAUGCAUUUUUGGAGACAAAUGGAAGAGUUUUUGUAAGAAUUCAAAGUUAAACAUUCCCUAAACAUGCUCACGAUGAAGCACUGCAAGAAUGCGUGACCUUAUAAGAAGUUAUCUUGAUAUACACUUCAACACAAAAUCGAUGAGAAUAUAGACCUAAAGCGGAC